AUGUCGCUUCGAGGUGGCGCUCAUACGGCGUCUAUCGGCUUGAAGCAAAUGCAUCCUGCUAUUAGGGAUGAGGUGCAGCACACGAGGACUAAGUUGGAGGAAGCACUUGUCUCCUUGAUACGUCUCGAGGAGGUGGUGCGCCUAGCCAAAAGCGUGCACAAGUCUCGGACACCGCUGAACACGUUGGCGCCAGAUGUGCAAGCGUCCCUUGCGGCAAUGGCCUCGGUCGGCAUGCAGAUUGGACCGCUUCUCGAUAAUGUCAAGGCUGGUAUGAAUGCUUCGAGUGGCGUCGAGUUCCAGGAAAUGUCAACAAGCCGAGCGAACAACGAAUCGGUGCCGGCAACAGAGACGAAUCCCACGGCAGAAAUUCGCUCAACAAUGCCUCCACCUUCGGCUUCGCGUCAUCUCUACGUGACUCAACCGAGCCGUCUGCAUUGGGAUCAGCCGACCACAGGAGGGAUAACCUUAGUUCACCCUCACUGA